AUGACCUCUAAUUCGUUCCGCGACUCGGUCAACUCGCUGGGCUGGUCGCGUCGCGACCCGGAUCUACCGGUGCGCACCAAUAACUCGGCGGCGUCGACUCCUUUCCUAUCACGGUUACAGUCCUGGAACCCGUUCGGAGGGGAGGGCUACGUGCAACUGCCCACUCACGAAGCUCCGGGAGCUCCCCUCCCGGCUGCAAAUCGACGGGAAGAGGAGGACACUUUCUUUGCCUUGAGUCGGUGGGAUCGCAUGCUCGUCUUUGUGGCAUGCAACCUUGGAGCAGCGGUCUGCUUUCUGAUCUGCUUUUUCCUGUUUCCGGUGCUGUCGCUCAAACCCCGCAAGUUUGCUAUUCUAUGGUCGGUCGGCUCUCUGCUCUUUCUGCUAUCAUGGGCAGUCCUCAUGGGACCCCUGGUCUACGCUAAGCAUCUGGUCUCGGGAUCACGGCUGCCCUUUACGGCCGCUUAUUUUGGUUCGAUUGCCAUGACUCUAUACUUUGCCAUCGGACUCCAUUCGACCUUCCUCACGCUCAUCUCGUCCAUCUUCCAGCUGGCUGCCCUUCUCUGGUAUCUCGUCAGCUACUUUCCCAUGGGAAGCACCGGCUUGCAGUUCAUGGGCCGGUUCGGUGCCCAGCGCGUUACGUCUUGGAUAACCAACUAG